AUGGAGGAGAAAAUAUACCAAUGUGUAUAUUGCGGGAAGUCCUUCAAUGCUCACUUUAAACUCAUUAGACAUCAUCGAAUCCACACGGGGGAGAAACCGUACAAGUGUUUGGAUUGCGGUAAAAGCUUUGACCAGAAGGGAAACCUUAUUGCACAUUCAAGAAUCCACACGGGAGAGAAACCAUAUGCGUGCUCAGAUUGUGGGAAAAGCUUCAGCCAUAAAGGAAGCCUUGUUUUGCAUGUGAGAAUCCACACAGGAGAGAAACCCUACAACUGCCCCGACUGUGGGAAAAGCUUCAGCCGGUCAGGGUCCCUUAAAGAACAUGAGAAAACCCACACAGGAGAGAGACCGUAUACAUGUUUAGACUGUGGAAGGAGCUUCCGAAAAAUCUCUGAGCUCACAACACAUCACAGAUUCCACACAGGAGAGAAACCAUAUAAAUGUUCAGGCUGUGAAAAAUCCUUUAGUACGAGCUCUAAUCUCAUUGCUCAUCAGAGAACCCACACAGGAGAGAAACCAUAUAAGUGCUCUGAAUGCGGGAAGAGGUUCAGUCAGGCUGGGAACCUGAAGGAACACGAGAGAACUCACACUGGCGAGAAACCCUAUAGAUGCCCAGAAUGUGGGAAAAGCUUCAGACAAAUCUCUUACUUUAUUAAACAUCACCAAAUACAUCUUGCCGAGGAGGGAAUGCGCAUGGAAGAAAAACCACACAAAUGCUCUGACUGCGGUAAAGGGUUUGGUGAGAAAGCCAGCCUCAUUAGGCACCAGAGAAUCCACACGGGAGAGAAACCCUUCCAGUGCUCAGACUGUGGAAAAAGUUUCUGUUUGAAGUCCAACCUUGUUGUACAUGUGAGAAUACAUACAGGGGAGAAACCCUACAAAUGCUCAGAGUGCGGAAAAAGCUUCAACCAGACAUCAAGCCUUCAUAACCAUGAGAGAACCCACAAAGGGGAGGAACCCUAUAAAUGCUUAGUGUGUGGGAAAAGCUUCAACCGGCCGUCGCAGCUUAAAGCCCAUGAGAGAACCCACACUGGAGAGAAGCCAUACAAGUGCUUGGAAUGUGGGAAGGGCUUUAUUUACAACCAUCACCUUGUCAGACAUCAGAGAAAUCACACUGGAGAGAAGCCAUAUCAGUGCUCUGAGUGUGGGAAAGGAUUUGGUCUGAAAUCGACUCUUAUUAAGCACCAAGACAUUCACAUGAGAGAGAAACCAUAGC